AUGCAGAUAAAAAGGAGCAAGGGCUCUAUUAGACCCAAAUUGCUGAGCCUGCUGUCACCUGUGUUCCAGGCCAAACCAGCAAUGUCUUUCCCUGCACAUCCUGAAGUCCCUGCCCCGCUGGCCAACUUGAAGAUUCAGUAUACCAAGAUCUUCAUAAACAAUGAAUGGCAUGACUCAGUGAGUGGCAAGAAAUUUCCCGUCAUUAACCCUGCAACUGAGGAGGUCAUCUGCCAUGUGGAAGAAGGGGACAAGGCAGAUGUUGACAAAGCUGUGAAGGCUGCACGACAGGCUUUUCAGAUUGGCUCCCCAUGGUGCACCAUGGAUGCUUCAGAAAGGGGGCGCCUACUCUACAAGCUGGCUGACUUAAUGGAAAGAGAUCGUCUGCUGCUGACUACAAUGGAGUCAAUGAAUGCUGGGAGACUCUUCACCCAGGCAUACAUGAUGGAUUUUGAGAUCAUCAUAAAAGCACUGAAGUACUGUGCAGGCUGGGCUGACAAGAUUCAUGGUCAAACAAUACCAAGUGAUGGAGAUAAUUUCACUUACACAAGACGUGAACCUAUUGGGGUGUGUGGCCAAAUUCUCCCUUGGAAUGGUCCCUUGUUUAUGUUCAUUUGGAAGAUAGCCCCAGCCCUCAGCUGUGGGAACACCGUGAUUGUCAAACCAGCAGAGCAAACUCCUCUCACUGCCCUUCACAUGGCAUCUUUAAUAAAAGAGGCAGGAUUUCCUCCUGGUGUGGUGAAUGUUGUCCCUGGUUAUGGGCCAACUUCAGGGGCAGCCAUCUCCUCUCACAUGGAUAUUGACAAAGUGUCCUUCACAGGAUCAACAGAGGUUGGCAAAUUAAUCAAAGAAGCUGCAGGGAAAAGCAACCUGAAGAGGGUCACCCUGGAGCUCGGGGGAAAGAGCCCUUGCAUUGUGUUUGCAGAUGCUGACUUAGACAAUGCUGUUGAGUUUGCACAUCAAGGAGUAUUCUACCACCAGGGUCAGAUUUGUGUGGCAGCUUCCAGGCUUUUUGUUGAGGAGUCAAUUUACGAGGAGUUUGUGAAAAGAAGUGUUGAGAGGGCUAAGAAAUAUGUUCUUGGAAAUCCUCUGAACUCAGGAAUAAAUCAAGGUCCUCAGAUCGACAAGGAUCAACAUGAGAAAAUACUUGAUCUCAUUGAGAGUGGGAAGAAAGAAGGAGCCAAACUGGAGUGUGGUGGCGGACGCUGGGGGAACAAGGGCUACUUUGUCCAGCCCACAGUGUUCUCCAAUGUUACUGAUGAGAUGCGCAUUGCCAAAGAGGAGAUAUUUGGACCAGUUCAGCAGAUCAUGAAGUUUAAAUGUAUAGAUGAUGUGAUCAAGAGAGCGAACAAUACUACCUAUGGCCUAACAGCAGGAGUCUUCACAAAAGACCUGGAUAAGGCCAUCACUGUGUCUUCUGCUCUGCAGGCUGGGGUAGUGUGGUAAGUUCAUCUGAAGUAAGGUAUG